AUGGCGAGGGAGAAUUUGGCGAAGUCUCAAAGUUUACAGUUUCGAGAAACCUCUGUCGAAAUGCUGACGGACUUUCUAACGGAUCUCAACGAGAGAAAUAGAGAUAACCUCCAGAAUUUGCCCAUCUGUAGUGGAGCCUUCAAGGACAGAAGACUGUUUGAAUACACACUGCUGAUGUGUCGGGAGCUCCAACUGGACACAUCCGUUGCAUACCAAGCCAUUGAAUUUCUUCAAAGGUUCAUGGUCAAGAACAUUACACAUUUGCUGACAGAUGCUAGAGUGACCGAUCCGGGGGCCCUUGAGGAUGCCACAUUCAAACAGCUCAAGGGAAAUUUCGCCUUGACCGUCUUUUCCUGCAUUCAACUGGCCAGCAAGUUGUCACUGCAGAGCCAAAACGUUGACAUCCACAUGGCCAUGCGCUUCCUGCACUCAGUCGGCCUCAACUUCUCCAAGCAGGCCAUUCUGGAAUCGGAGUUGAUGGUCCUGAAGGGCCUGGACUUCCGACUGGAUCUUCCUAACCCUCUCACCUACGUGGAAACCCUUCUGGAGGUGCUCGCGAACAACGAGCCGAGCGCCCCCGUGGAGCACUUGUACCGCUUGUGCCGCCAUGUUCUCCAGUUAGUCAGCUUGCAGCGAGACUCUUUCUAUGACGCUUUGCUCACCAUAACCACGCAGAACCUCAAUCCCACCGCGGAAAUGAGAGAGAAGUUUAUAACAGUGACCGAAGAUUGCAUGAUGCUGGGCGUGGGUGUCAUCGCUGCGGCUGCCUUCAUCCUCCACGUCCAGUACUGGGAGCAGGUGGUGACAGAACUGAGCCACAUGACCGGAAUCUCCACCGCUGUUAUCAGCGACUUCAGCCGCGUCGCGCUUACGUUGAUUGUCGGAACCCCCUCAUACGGCCAGUGA